AUGUCGCCUCCAGCAGUAGUGGCCGUCUCUGCCCCAGGAAAGGUCCUCUUCGCAGGUGGAUUCCUGGUCCUGGACCGCCAACACACGGGUCUGGUGUUCGGUCUCAACGCCCGGAUCCAUGUGGUUGUCCAGCCGUGGCGAGCAGGCGACCUCCUGCCUGGCAGUUUGAACAGCGGACCGCACGUCCUGGUCCAGUCGCCCCAGUUUUGUGACGCCAGGUGGCUGUAUCGGAUCGACGGCUCUGCUGCUGGUAGUGGUGCGGUCACGGUCGAGCAAGUUCGAGAUCACAAAGGGGCCGGAUCAUUCACCGCGAGCGCAAACAGAUUCGUCGAGACGACGUUGAGGUACGCCCUGACUUAUCUGUCGCAUGUGUCGGGUGGUUCGCAUCAUGUCUUCGAGGAGAGCAUCAAAGUGACGAUAUUGGCCGACGACGAUUAUUACUCGCAAUCACAACCUCAGUCUCCUGAGCCAUCGGCGGCCAAGUCAACGCGGUUUACGAGCUUCGGAGUCAAGCUGAGCGAGGCGCACAAGACUGGUUUGGGAUCUUCGGCUGCACUGGUCACGGCGUUCGUGUCUGCACUGCUUGCAUUCUACUCAAAAAGGGAUGCCGCUGCUGCUGAAGAAAUACCGCCAAAUCAUCAGACUAUCCACAAUUUGGCCCAGGCUGCACACUGCGCGGCCCAAGGGAAGGUCGGCUCAGGCUUUGAUGUUGCUGCGGCAGUCUACGGCUCUUGCCUCUAUCGAAGAUUCACACCUUCAAUCCUGGAGAAUGUGGGCGAGCCUACAAGUGCCGGCUUCGGCGAACGAUUACACCGCUGCGUGGACGAUCUGGAUUUAGACGCAAGAUGGGACGUCGAAAUUGCGAGCCGGGCAGUGCAGAUUUCAGCGAGUCUUUCGCUGGUCAUGUGCGACGUGGACUGUGGAUCGGAGACACCGGGGAUGGUCAAGAAGGUUCUGCAGUGGCGCAAAGAGAAUAUUGCGGAGGCGACGUUACUGUGGACUGCAUUACAACAGGGUCAAGAGGAGCUGUGCCGAGAGUUGAGACGGCUGGUCGAGGUCCAAGGCAUCGAGAAUGAUUUUACGGCAUUGGGGGAUAUCAUUCUCACCAUUCGAAGUCUGGUGAGGGAAAUGUCUGUCAAGUCCAAGGUGCCCAUUGAGCCCCCUGUGAUUACCGAGUUGUUGGAUUUCUGCACGAGCUUGCCUGGCGUGGUGGGAGGAGUCGCCCCGGGCGCAGGAGGGUACGAUGCCGUGUCUCUGCUGGUGAAGAAUGAUGGCGAAUCCGUCAAGGGACUACAGGCCCGACUGAAAGGAUGGAAGAGUCAAGAUGCGAGCGGUGCAACCAUUGGGCAUGUCAGGUUGUUGGGGGUCAAGCAGGAUAAUGAGGGCAUCCGGGUCGAGAACGUGGGCCAGUAUGAGGUGUGGUUGUGA